AAAGAAGGGACUGAUAUAGUGGAAGAGAAGUCAGAAAGAGGUGCAUUUGCAGAAUUUUGAUUCCAUUUUUACUGUCCAUUUCCUCUCUCUCUCCUCUCUCACCUCGUGACAUCCGUCCCUCUCCACUUCUCCCCAAUCAUCAACUAUUCCUCCCCAUCCAUAUAUUACUACUAUUGCUAUUUGUGGCUUCUCGAGUACGGUUGUUGUUUUACCUCAGUUGAACUUGCUGCUGUAAUUUGGAUCGACCGGAAUAAAAUAUGAUUACGCACGAGCAAGAUCCAGAUGUUGUCCGGUGGGGUCUUCAGUUGUUUGAUAGUGAUCCAUAUUCUAACUGCGCAUAUAGUGGUGCCAUGCCCCAAAACAGUUUAGAUUACUAUCAGGACCAUUACUUCAAAGGUAAUCAUUUUAGUACAGAAUCUGGCAAUGAGGAAAAUCACAAUUUCAAUGCACAGCGUCUCCAGGAAGAACUGUCUCAGCUUUCAGUCGCUGAACCACCUUCAAUCCUCCAUCAAAUGGCAGAGCAUACACAAACACAUUUUUAUCCACAAGACUGGUUUAGUCAACCUAUGGGAAACUACAAUAUUGGAGAAGAGAACUGUGAUGAAGAAGAAACUAAUGAUGGAGCUUCCACUUCAUGCUCUAGCCCAGGAGAAGAGUCAUAUACGGGGGAGGACUGGUCAUAUUCACUUGAAUUGACGGAUGAAUACAAUCUUGAUGGUGAAGUAGGGAAACGAUUGAACCAGAUGAUUCCAAUUCCUCAUAUCCCUAGAAUCAAUGGAGAAAUACCGUCAAUUGAUGAGGCAACCUUAGAUCAUCAAAGACUUCUUGACCGAUUACAGGUUUAUGAACUAGUUGAAUUUAAAGUUCAAGGUGAUGGGAAUUGUCAGUUUCGUGCUUUGUCAGAUCAAUUUUACCGCACCCCUGAGCAUCACAAAUUUGUCAGACAGCAAGUUGUGAAUCAGCUCAAGUCAUGCCCAGAGAUAUACGACGGAUAUGUUCCCAUGGCCUAUCAUGAUUAUCUGAACAAGAUGUCAAAGGACGGCGAGUGGGGUGAUCAUGUAACUCUACAAGCAGCUUCUGAUUCGUAUGGUGUCAAAAUAUUGGUCAUAACAUCUUUCAGAGAUACCUGCUACAUUGAGAUACUUCCCACCAUUCAAAAGUCUGAACGAGUUAUAUUUUUGAGCUUUUGGGCCGAGGUUCACUACAACUCAAUAUAUCCUGUACGAGAUAUCACAGCUGUUGAGAUGAAAAAGAAGUACUUAGCCAUUUCAAAUGAACAAUUGGAAUCUCAAGAUGGUUACCAAUGAUAGACUGCAGCUAAUACAUGAUAUUUGCCACAACGUUUCUGCAAAUUACCGAUAACCAGCUCAGGUGCAAGCCAUUUUUUUUCUUGACAUUCUUUCCCAAGAGCAAUAUUUGGUUUGGGUUUUGAACUUGCACUAUUCAUCUUUGCUAAAUCCAGCAGCAAGUCUAACAUUAUUUUCCAUAUUCUUCUUUAAGUAUGUCUACCUUGAAUGCAUCUAUAAAAUAAAUACUCAGGUGCAUAUUAUCUUCUCUUAACCUUUAAGAGUCAGAUGUAUAGGUGAGUAUCUGAUUUCUGAAAAUAUCAUUUUUAUCUCAUUGGUAAGAGUAAUAAUAUCAACUAUAAAUGUUGUUUACAUAUUAUAAAA